AUGACUGCGGAAAUUAAUAAAGGUCCCUUGCUCGGCCAACGUCAUCUGCAAGUAUUUCUUUUAUUCACUUCGAUUGUUGUAAAUGUUGUGAUGAAAUAUAAUGCCAGCGUUGCUGUUGUUGCCAUGACCGACGCAGAAACGACAAAUCCUAACUUUCCCGAAUAUGACUGGAGUGAUAUGCACAAAUCAUAUAUUCUCUCAAGCUUCUUUUGGGGCUACUUCAUUACACAAUUUCCAGGCGGUUAUUUGUGUCGACGAUUUGGCGCCAAACGUACGAUUCUCAUAUCCACGCUGGGCUCUUCGGUACUGGGACUUUUGCCACCCUUCUGCGUCAGCUGGGGCGGUUGGGGUAUAUACUGUGGCAUACGCGUAGCUCAAGGCUUCUUCCAGGGUUUUAUGUUUCCCUGUGUGCAUGCGCAUCUGGCCGCCUGGUGUCCGGUGAGUGAACGCAAUCGAUUGGGCGCCUUAGCCAAUACGGGCAUCGAAUGUGGUACGCUGCUCUCGAUGUUUUUGAGUGGCAUACUUUCUGCCUCCAGCAUUGGUUGGCCCAGCCUGUUUUAUGUUUCUGCUGGCAUGGGUUUUGUAUGGUGUGCGGCUUGGAUAUUUUUAGCCGCCAAUGAGCCGCAUGAAUCGAAAUUCAUUACGACAGCUGAACUCAAUUAUAUUGACGCAGCAAAGAAUGCUAGCAAAAAAAUUGAAGCGGGUGAAGUAGAGCACAAGGUACCGGUACCGUGGCGCGCAAUUCUCACAUCUCUUCCGCUUUGGGCUUUGGUUGUGGCACGUACAGCCCAUUCGUGGGGUUUCUCGACGCUGCAGGCCGAGAUACCAGCUUACAUGAAAGGUGUGCUCAACAUGGAUAUGAAGAGCAAUGCUUUUUACUCAGCGCUGCCGUAUCUGGCGACAUGGUGUAUGGCCUAUGUUUAUUUGAUUGUAUCGGAUGUUCUGUUGAAUCGCAAUAUACUCUCACUCACUGCCAUACGUAAGACUUUCAACACACUAGCUCUCUGGGUACCCGCUGUAAUGCUUAUAGCAGUUGGAUAUCUGGAUGAGGAGCAAAAGACUUUGGCCAUCGCCUUGAUGACUGCAAAUGUGGGCGUGAAUUCUGGCUCCACCAUAGGAAGUGCACUGAACACAAUUGAUCUGUCGCCGAACUAUGCUGGCAUACUCAUGGGCAUCGUGAACACAUCGGCGAAUGUGGUACCCAUUCUUACGCCGCUGCUCGUCGGCGUUGUGGUGACUGAUGAGCACAAUCGCUCGCAAUGGCAAAUUGUGUUUAUUAUUUCGGCCGCAGUCUUCGCGCUUGGUAACUUGUUUUAUUUAGUUUUUGGUAAAAUGGAAUUACAACCAUGGGAUGACGUAAAUUUUCUGCCAUCUAAAAACUCGAACAUAAUUGAUGCAGCAGAAAAGUAUGAUAAAUCUGUAAUGAGUGAAAAGCCGAAGAGUUUGGAGUUGAAAGAGUAA